AACGGAGCAAUACCCAAGGAAAUAAAAAACACUUCAUCAAACAACAUAGCCAAUGGAAAUGGAGCCGCUGCCAUGAUGGUGCGUAACAACAAUCCGGGCGAACGUAUUACAUUGCUGGUGGACAAUGUUCGUUUCAUCAUCGAGAAGGAUUUGGUGACUGCACAUCCCAACACAAUGUUGGGCACCAUGUUCAGCACAGGCUUCCAGUUUGUCCAUCCCAACGAAAGAGGUGAAUACGAGGUGGCCGAUGGCAUCUCGCACACAUUGUUUCGUGCAAUUCUUGACUACUACAAGACUGGGCUGAUAAAGUGUCCUCCCACCAUAUCUGUACCGGAAUUGAAGGAGGCUUGCGACUACUUACUGAUCCCCUUCGAUGCCACCACAGUACGCUGCCAAAAUUUACGUGGCCUUCUACACGAACUGAGCAACGAGGGAGCUCGCCAGCAAUUCGAGCUGUUUUUGGAAGAGUUCAUAUUGCCGGUCAUGGUUACGGCAGCACAAAGGGGUGACCGUGAAUGUCAUGUCGUUGUGUUGUUGGACGACGAUGUUGUCGAUUGGGACGAAGAGUUCCCGCCCCAAAUGGGUGAAGAAUACUGCCAGACCAUUCACAGUACCACAAUGCAUCGUUUCUUCAAAUACAUUGAAAACCGAGAUGUGGCCAAACAGGUUAUGAAAGAUCGUGGCCUGAAGAAGAUACGCUGUGGUAUCGAAGGUUAUCCCACACACAAAGAAAAAAUACGCCGUCGCCCGGGAGGUCGUGCCGAAGUCAUUUACAGUUAUGUUCAAAGACCCUUCAUACACAUGUCCUGGGAAAAGGAAGAGGCCAAGAGCCGUCAUGUUGACUUUCAGUGUGUCAAGUCGAAAUCGGUUACCAAUUUAGCUGAAGCUACGGCGGAUCCUCCUUUGGAAUUGGAUGCCAGCGGUAAUCCCAUACCACCGCCACCAGAAAAUGUUGUUGCAUUUCGUGCCGAUGCCGACGCCGGGAUCGAUGGCGGUGCGGUGGACGAUGCUGUUGCCGCUGAUGGCGGCGAGCUGGAAGCUGCCGGUGGUGCUAACGAGGAAAAUGCUUAAAUGUUGUCACAG